GUGCCUUGUAUAACUGUAAAGGGGCCUGGCCAACGAAUGGAGCUUCGGUUGUCAUCUGAGAUAUACUGAAAGAAGGUUGUGUAAAUGGCAGAACAGAAAAUGGCGUUUAGUCCCAUGGGGAAAAGACCUGGAAAGGUCAAGUCAAAGAUGGACUCAAGGCAGUGAAGGAAGCCGACUAGACCAGGAGGAGAUGGAAGGAAGUAAAAGGAGCGCAGUCAUAGAUGUUUACUGCAUGAAGAAGAGACUAGGGGAUAACAGCGAAUAGUCGUUGCAAGUCAAGAUGUCACUGUGCAGAUAUAGCGAGCGUAACUGAUGGAUAGUGCUCGUUCAUGCCCGUAGUCCUCGCAAGGACAGAGUGCUGGGGAGAGAAUCACUGAUGAUGAUGGAAUGAGACGCUGUGGGGUUGGAUGGGAGAUGGGAUGAGAAGAGAUAGAGAAGCUCAAGGCACAUGUCACACGAUUUGUAACGUGAUCGGUGCUUCAGGGCAAGUAGCUGAACAAGCAGCUAGUUGGUGCUGCCCUAGCUCAAUUCUGUCAGUUGGCCUUACGACAAUUUGCAGAUCUGGUCUACUCUUUGAGCUUUUCAGGUCCCUGCUGCUGCAAGCGAGUGCAAUCGUCGUUUCUGAAUCGGAAUUCAAAUUACAACGGAUGUUAGCUUGGAACUCAAAAGGUUUUAGUGACUUUGGGGAGGUUUACUGCAUGAUCGUGGUUAUUGUGGAUUGGUGAAAUCGAGUACGAGCUUGACAUCUCGUGGAAAGGAGGCCAAAUAGCAAGUCUCCCCAGUGUUCUCGUUUGCUCUGUCUGGAGGAGCGUGUGGAUUGAUCACGAGAAAGUCAAGGGUGGCGGUUCAAACUUCUCUGUCACAACGGUACUCUCCCAAUCAGGUCGAAUGCACGAGUUCCUAGAGUCGAUAACCAUACAUUGUCUCGUUACGAGGAGAUCUGUUGGAUGUAGGACAACCUUUUGAGUGAACAAAUCUCUCGCAGGUCCAUCGUGAUAGUAUGGCCAACUCCUUCCCUGCAUCACUAGCUGCAGGGUUGAUUCUCUCAGAGCAGCUGAAGCCCCGGAUACAUAAAACCAAUUUAGGUCCUCCUCCACCUGGCUAUCCACCUACCUACGAUGGAAGCAAGGACAAAAACGGCAAGGGUGCAGCAGUACUUCCGACGUGUCCUAUGAUAUAUGCCAUAAUCACUGAUCGAAAUUCCCUCGUACAACCUACCACUGUGCAGUAUGGACCUCCCAUUGUCCAGUCUGGAAUGGGAACCAGUGUGGAUCCAACUCCAACUCUUCCCGCACUUCUUCCGCUUGACAUGAACAAUGUAUCACUGAACGUCGAGUGUCACAUAAGUACUGCCUUCGUGACAGUUGAGGGUAUGUGGACGUUGGGGCUACUGAAGAAAGACUAUCAGUGCGACUGUCUUCUUGCCGUUCCAAUGCACCGCCAGGGUACUGUCUCCGGAGUUGAGAUUGACUUAGGAGAUGGUAGGCUUUAUGCGACCUUGGUUAUUCCCAAAGAUGAGGCAGCCAGCUAUGGAGUAAAGGGUAGUACGGAAUCUGGUGCCGAAGAUCCUGGCACCUACAACCCAGAGCUUUUUCGGUUAUUUUUCCCCCAGGUUCGUGCAGGUUCAAGCCUAUCGGUGAAAAUAACUUGGUUCCAAGCAAUGGAAUUUGCAGAGGGCCUUUAUUCCAUACAAAUCCCUUUCACAUUUCCUGAUCACGUGUUCCCAUCGAGCGAUGUCAUUGUCAAUGUCACGAAAGUCAUGUGCACCAUCAACAGUGGAACUGACCUCCCCGUUGAGAUGGGCAACAAUCUUGCAGAGUCCCUCCAGGAAUCUUCAAGAGGUCCUGGUAGUGUGAGCUUAGUUGCCAAAGGUUCACAAUAUGCUGAUGGUUGGCGCAAUGGGGACUUUAAUGCUUGCUACAAGGUCUGGUCUGCAGGCAUCCUGCCCAGCCUUAUUGUGCAAGAUCCAGUACCUGGGCAGCUCGAUCCACGGGGUGUCUUUUGCCUUUCAGUGUCUCCCCCUGAUCCAAAGUCUGUGCAGGGAUUUCAAAGGGCAGUCGUCUUUUUGCUAGACAGAAGUGGAAGCAUGUCGGGUAGGCCCAUGGAGGAUGCACGUGAUGCGCUUCGAUUUGGGUUAAGUAGCCUGCAACCGGUUGAUCUGUUCAACGUGAUCGCUUUCGACCAUGAAUCUCUUUUCUUCUCUCCUCAACUUGUACCGGCAGCUGUGGAUGUGACUCACCAGGCGCAGGAUUGGAUCUACUCCAGUAUCGAAUCAAGGGGGGGAACUGAUAUUCUUACACCCUUGCAGCAGGCUAUGCAAAUGCUACAAAACCUUCAGGGCUAUGUGCCAUACAUCUUCCUCAUAACGGAUGGUGCAGUGAAUGAUGAGCGAGGCAUUUGCCGUCUGAUGCAAACUGCACUUUCGCAAGGGGGCUCAGCAGCCCCACGAAUCUCUACAUUUGGCAUAGGCCACUAUUGCAACUUCUACUUUUUGAAGAUGCUCGCGCUUAUUGGACGAGGAUUAAGUGAUGUUGCAUUCAGCUCAGACAAGAUUCGAGAUCAGAUGGAGAAAAUGCUGGUUGCUGCGUCCACUCCUCUACUCACGAAUAUAUCCCUGGCGAUCGAUAUUCCCGGGGGCUGUGAGGUUUAUCCGUACCCGAUUCCAGAUCUCUUCUGUACAAAUCCUCUGGUUGUGUCUGGAAGAUUUUACGGGAAUUUCCCAAAUACAAUAAAGGUCGUAGGUUUGUUACCCAACCAAAGCGUAUGGGAGCUAGAAGUUCAGAUGAAGAAGGCGGGACAGAUUCCUCUCGACAAGGUGUUUGCCAAGCAACAACUAGACCUUAUGACAGCUCAAUCAUGGAUGACUGAAGACUUACGGCUUCAAGCUCAGGCAGUGAACCUCAGUGUACAAACAGGAAUCCCUUGUGAAUAUACACGCAUGGUCAGUUUUGAGACGACAAAAGAACAACAUGACAACAUUAAGAGCGACAUGAAGAAGGGCAAAAAGGUCGAUAUCAAAAAAUAUGCAGGAAAGGCAGCUAAGAUAGCAAUAGUAGGAGGAUUAGUCAUCGGCUUUGGUAGCAUCGCCGCCACAGCUGCAAACAUGGCCAUCGGUGACAUAGGUUUGGGAGGAGGCGACUGGUUUCCAGAUUUUGGAGAUGGCGGAGAUGCUUUCAUGUGUUGCGACUGUGGUGCUUGUGGUGAUUGUGGUGAAUGUGAUAUUUGUGGUAUUUGCGGAGGUUGUGAUUUUGAUUUUGGAGACGUAGGAGACUGCUUAUCAGAAAGCCUUUGCGUAUGUGCUGGGGCUUUACUGGAUUGUUAGUGCAAAUAUAACUUCACAUUUGUUUCAUAUAUGUGUUGCAUCAUCUGCCCUUAGACUGCCUGUAGAUGAUAGAAAUUUGGAUGAAGCAGAGACGGUCCCAAACGACCUUCAUGCAUCGAUCUAGUGGAGAUAGCUCCGGUGUAAGUGGUCAAAUGCCAGUGAAAUCAAUCUAAUGCAUUUGGAAGCUGCCUGUAUCG